AUGACUAUCUACGAGUUCUACGUUUUCGACAGACACUGCGAAUGUAUCUACUACAAAGAAUGGAACAGGCGACCAGAUCGAUCAACACCGCAACCGAGCGCGGAUGGGAACCUGGCAAACCAUGAUAAUGCGAAGCUUCUGUUUGGUGUUAUUUACUCGAUACGGAACAUGACCAAGAAGCUUUCCGGACAAUCCGACAACUCCUUCGUAUCAUAUCGCACCUCGAAAUACAAAACACACUAUUAUGAGACUCCUUCCCUACUCAAGUUCGUUCUUAUCACCUCGCCAAACGAAGCCAACAUGAGGCAGAUUUUGCAUCAGAUCUUCGUGAACCUAUGGGUGGAAUAUGUUGUCAAGAACCCGCUAAGUCCAGUGGAGCAUACAGGGGGUAAGGGUGUUGCCGUCGAGUUGUUUGAGUUAGGAUUGGAAACAUUCGUAAGAGGACUGGAACAAUUUCCAUGA